AUCUCACGCGUCUGCUUCCACUGUGGCCAGGUAUCCUCUCCGCAACAACCCGGCAUCGUGUCCUACACCUACACACGACACUUGCUGGGCAGGCUGUGCGCUCACACGUCCUGCAUGACUUAGCAUUAGGCGUACUGAUAGGUCCAGAACCAACCCUGCGCCUAUACCGCCUACCGCCUAGCAAAUCUUUUACACAAUGAACCGAUCACUCUCCGUCCGUUCCAAGAAGGGCAGCGGCAGCGGCGAAAAGUCCGCUCCCAAGCACCGCUUCACCAUGGCGUCCUUCCGAGGUACGCAGCAGCCGGAGCUUUCCAAAAAGCUGUUCAAGAUCAUCAAAUCGGAGAACCAUGCCAUUGGGGCUUACGAGGCAGCGGGGCGGGAACGAGUCAGCAUUGCUCAGCAGCUUUCCGAGUGGGGUGAGGCCACAGAGGACGAGACUAUUUCGGAUAUCUCGGACAAGCUUGGUGUGCUGCUUGCUGAGAUUGGAGAUCAAGAGGACGUCUUCGCCCAGGCACUGGAGGAAUAUCGCGGCAUUCUCAAGCAGAUACGCAAUACGGAGAGUUCGGUACAGCCAAGCCGGGACCACAAAGCUAAAGUUUCAGACGAAAUUGCCAAGCUCAAAUAUAAAGAGCCGCAGAGUACGAAGAUAGUACAGCUGGAACAGGAACUGGUCCGCGCCGAGGCCCAGAGCCUGGUAGCCGAAGCACAGCUUAACAAUAUUACUCGACAAAAGUUCAAGGAGGCGUACGACCAUCAUUUUGCAGCUACCAUCGAGCGGGCAGAGAAGCAAAUCAUCCUGGCCAAGCAUGCCCGUCGCCUCUUGAAUCUGGUUGACGACACUCCGAUUGUGCCAGGGGAUGCUCGUCCUGCAUUUUCUGAGGGGGAUAUAGCACGGCAGGUUCUCAAUGAUGCCGAAGACGACCUCCGCGGUUACCAGCUGGUUGUUGAGCCCAUCCACUCGAACGCAGGAAACCUCGGUAUGGGCGCCAUGCCAGGUGCCGCAGAAGCAACUCCCGCAGCUGUCAACGGAACUUCGGUUCCAGAAUCUACUGCCUAUGAGAAUGUCGCGCCGAGCGAGAGUCCGGUCGGUGCACAGUACGACAAGGCGGGGUCGGCCCCGUACCCCUUGGAAGAAGCAGAUCGGGUUGAGAGCCAGCAGCAGGAGACUCACAGGCAGCAAGUUGCCAACGUGGCCUGAGUAUGGAGCUGGUGGUGAUGUGGUAGUUUGCUCACAACACGUGUACUAAUGAUUUGAUAUUUUGGUGGAUUGCGUACAUUGUAUAUCACGGGUAGUAAUUGAC